AUGAGCGAAAAUUCUUCUAACAAAAAGUCUAAGAAUUGUGAUCAUUUGCCGAUCGACGAGUCCAUACGCCUUGCGGGCGAUGUUUUUGAACAUGUCAUGAGAAAUAACGGCAUAGAGGAGGCGUUGGUCACUAUUGAGCCCUAUUGUGACAAAAGUAUUUACCACUGUUUCGUUAGGACCUGGUAUCUUAUACUGAUCGCAUUAACAACUAUGGAAAAGGACGAUGUUCAAAAAGCCAACAAAGGAAUUGAGGAUAUGGUUAAACUGAGUAAUAAAUAUCGGAAAACAGGAUACUGCAAAGUAAUACUGAGAACCCGUUCCCAAUGGGAGAGCGAGUCGUCGCGACUUAACUACGAGGCGGCCGUACGCCUGGCCAAUGGGGUCUCCCAUUUGGUGAUCAGUAACGUACCGCCAAAAAUACUACGAGUCAUCAACUUCUUGGGCAUCAAAGGGGUCGAGAAGAUUGGAUGGUCUAACCUGAAUAGAGCCGCUUUUGAAUUACCCGGAUUAUCUAGUCAAUUAGCUAGGUUGGCCCGACUAUUAUACUGGAGCUAUAUGGAGCCGCAUUUAUGUCUCGGUCCUAUUAACUAUGACAUAUGCAAAGAGAUACUCGAUAAGGAGCUAGAAAAAUACCCUCAAUCCCGUUUUGACCAUGUUAAUUCGCCGGAAAUAGAGACCGCCAUUAGCAUGUAUAACCGGAUGAUGGCCGACACGGGAAUGACCUACUUGCGAUUCAUAUAUUUUGAGCUCAUGUGGUGCUAUGGGCUGGUGGGCGACUGGGAUCAGUGUGUGGCGUACGCGCAUAAGUUUCGCACCGGUAGUUUAUUUUCGCCGGCAAUCGCCACUUACAUGGAGGCGAUCUUUCGGUACACGAAAGCUGUCGAGAUAAAUGACUCCGAUGAGAAACAUAAGGCCACCAAACUGUUUGAAGUGGUACCGGGGCUACGGAUCAGACACGUGGGCAAAACCAUUACACCGGAAAAGAUGGCAAUCGUUAGUGACGGACGUAUUGGCCGCGAAUACUCACUGCCGGCUCAGGCGGCUCUGGAAAUGGGUUUAAUUGAAUACGAGUUGAAAAACCACGAAAAAGCCAUUGAAUUACUCAACAAAUGUAUUAAUGAGUACUCGGGUUAUCUGAGCGAAAACAUAGUCCACAUGCGGGCGUUUGCGGCGCUCAGGGAGUUAGGCGUCGGUAAUGAGAAACUGGGCGAGGAUGAGACCAAACUGGAGGAAUAUAAGAAGCAAUGGCUAAAAGACAUCAAAAUUGAUCUUAUCAACUUCUUGGGCAUCAAAGGGGUCGAGAGGACCGGAUGGUCUAACCUGAAUAGAGCCGCUUUCGAAUUACCCGGAUUAUGCAGCCAGUUAGCCAGGUUGACCCGACUAUUAUACUGGUGUUACAUUGAACCGCACGGAUGUCUCGGUCCAGUCAACCAUGAGAUAUGCAAAGAAAUACUGAAUAAGGAGCUCGAAAAAUACCCUCAAAACUUGAUCUUGAAGAUGUUCAGUGCAAAAUUACUACAAUUAAGCGGUCAAAUAGACACAGCUAUCGAGAUGUAUAACCAAAUACUGAUGACUAGUCAGAUCAAUUUCUUGCGGUUCGUAUACUUUGAGCUGAUGUGGUGCUACGCACUGGUAGGCGAUUGGGACCAGUGUAUAAUCUACGCGGAAAAGUUUCGCACCGGUAGCCUUUUUUCGCCGGCUAUGGCCACGUACGCGGAGGCCGUGUUUCGGUACACGAAAGCUGUUGAAACGGACGACUCCGAUGAGAAACAUAGGGCCACCAAAUUGUUUGAAGUGGUACCGGGGCUCAGGAUCAGACACGUGGGCAAAACCAUUACACCGGAAAAGUUGGCAGUCGUUAGUGAUGGACGUAUUGGUCGCGAGUUCUCACUACCAGCUCAGGCGGCACUUGAAAUGGGUUUAAUUGAAUACGAUAUGAAAAAUAACGACAAAGCCAUUGAAUUACUCAACAAAUGUAUUAAUGAGUACUCGGGUUAUCUCAACGAGAACUACGUCCACAUCCGGGCGUUUGCGGCGCUCCGGGAGUUAGGCGUCGGUAAUGAGAAAGAGGGCGAGGAUGAGAACAAACUGGAGGAAUAUAAGAAGCAAUGGCUAAAAGACAUCAAAAUUGAUCGUAAAAAAUAUGACCAACUCUUGGAAACUGAAGAGAAACAAGUGUAGUUUACCCUGAUAAAUUAUGAAAUUUAAUUAUAA